AUGAAAGCCCCCCCCUUCCUCUUCCUCCUCCUCCUCCUCUCCGCGCCGCUCUCCCUCUGCGGCUUCGUCAACCGCACCCCCUCCGCCCCCCUCCCUUCCUCCAUCCCCGCCUCCUCCGUCCUCGCCACCCUCGCCCUCUCUGCCUCGGCCCCCCUGCCCUCCACCAUCACCGGCGCUCGCUACACGUCCCUUGCCUCCGCGCUCUACGCUGUCGAGCGCGACUUCUACAACGCGCCCGCCUACGCCACGCUCGCCGCCCACCUGUGGCGCGCCGCCGCCCGCGCGCCCGACGCCGACCGCGUCGUCCCCUCGCUCGCGCUGUCCGCGUGGGCCUGGGACGGCAUCACCGCGGCCGGGUGGUGGGUGGAGGGCAUGCCGGAGGAGGACAGGAAGCGCGUGGACGAGUUCCUGGGGAGGUGGGAGGUGCAGUUUCGCAAGAUCGUGCACGGGGAGGCGGCCAAGGAUGCCAAGACUGGUGACGGCGACAAGAAGGGGGCUGCCGCCGGGGGUAAUGCGGCGCAGAGUUUGGUGGUUGUUUGGGGGGCGGCGGCACUGGCAGGCGUCAUCGGUUUCGUGGCCGUCAUGUGA